AUGAAAUCAUUAAUCAAACUCACCGUUGUAUGUUUGAUCUAACUAACAAAUUCAUAAUGGCUAACAAGAUAUAGCUACUUAACCUAAAAUCAGAUUUUCACCUAUAAUAAUGAAUCUUAUGCUUACUUAUAUUCAGGUUACUUUGUUUCAGAAUCAGGUUCUACAACUGCUAAUUUUAUUACUUGUACAGCCCCUCCAACAAGUUACAUUACUCUAAAUAAAGUAAAUUAAUCAGCAAAACAAAUAUAUGGCUUUUCUUUUAUGAAUGGGUAUUUUGUAUCGGUAGACUUAUAUUUUCAAGGUACAUGGUCAAAUGAUAAUGUUACGCUUGUUUUAGGAUCAUUUGUGUAUAAUUAUACAUAUACCUUGCCUUCAAGUAAUCCAUUAACCAGCUAAUUUUGUGACAACAUUACUGCUGACAUAAGAACUAUCAAUUUUACAAUUGAAAUGGCAAGCUAAAGUUAUGGAUAACCCCUAUUAUCAGUCUCAAACGAAACUCAAGGAUAAGUUUCAAUUAAAAACUUUUAUAUAUCAUCUCUAACAUGCCAUCCUACAUGCAUGUCUUGCACAGGACCCAACUUCAAUUAAUGCACAGGAUGUUAUUAUGGAGUUCCUACAAAUAAUAUUUGUCCGCCUUGCCCAUCAAAUUUAUAUUUUAAAUAAUAUAAUGGUUGCAAAAAUACUUGUGACAUUUAGUCUCCAUUGUUUUCUAAUGGAAUAUGUUAGAAUUAUCAAAUUUAUACUUUUGAAUAAGUAAAUAUUUAUCAUGUUACUUCAUUCGAAAAUUUCAAAUGGUCAUUGUUAUAUGACCCAAAACAUAUGGAUACAUCUCCAACAAUCUUAGCAUUUAAUGAAUAUGUUUAUGGAGUAUUUAAAUUUAAUUCUGGUCUAUGUAGAUUUUUUAAUCAAAUUGCUUAUUAUUAAUAUGACACUUAGUUAAUUGGAAUAAAAAUUUCAAUUAUUGCAUUCAAUGAGAUUCCAAUUGAAUGUGGAAUAUAAUUUAAGAUUAAUUAGACUUAUUUUGGAUCAAUUUAUAGAAAUACGUCUGGCAUAUAAAUGCAUAAAUUAAAUCUCUUUGAUACUACUUCCUAUGGCCCAUAUAUGAGUUAUACCUCAGCCAUAAAAUAUGAAUUAAUUACAUAUCUAGACAUUCCUAAAUACCCAUUUAUAUUUUCAGCAGUAGGGAACUUUACGAAUGAUAAUGCAGGAUGGGGAAUAUAUUCAGUCUAAAUUACUUCUGGAUAUUGUCCUUUAUAUUGUUAAUUGUGUGAAGUAUCAUUUAAAUGUAAGACUUGUAAUCCUGGGUAUUUUAAUUAUAGAGAUGGUAGUUGCAUUCGUAGAUGUUAAAACCCAAACCAACAAUUAAAUGGUUCUUAUUGUUAAGAUUAUGAUGAUGAAACACCAUACUCUAUGUUUUUAGUUUAAGAAUAUAUAAACACUGCAAAUGAUCCUGAAUAAUAUUCUUAAUAUACUUUAAUUUGCCAAAAUGGAAAAAAUUUUUUAAAGGGAUUAGAUAUUUAUUAUUCAUAUUGGUAAUCAUAUCGAGUCUUUGGAGGCCCUUUUGUUUGGGCCUAGGCUAAAUUCAAAAGAGUUCAUAACAUACUUGAUCCUCAUCAUAGUCUCACUAUUGCAUUUUAUAUCCUUUAUGGUCCAACAUUCCCUAAUGAUGGAUAGUUCAUAUAUACAAUUGAAAACAAUUCAGUUUAUAAAUCAUCCUCUAAUUUAUCAUCAUACUAUUCUGAUGGUUCAAAAUAUGAUAAAGUAUAUGAAAGAAUUUCUCACAAUAUAAAUACUUUAACAAUUUAAUGGGAAUGCUAUGGACCCAAUAAUGAACCAAUUAAUGCCUAUUGUGGAUUCUAUAAUUAUUAUAUAGCUGUUCAUAAAUGCAAACCUUAUUGCUUAUAAUGUUCAGAUUAAAAUACAUGUACAUAAUGGAAUAGUACAUAUAAUUCGGCUGUUGUCAAAUUUUCAUAAGCAGAAUGUGAUAUUAACUAAUUUUAUGAUAAAGAAUAAGUUAGAUGUAUACAAUGUCCAAUGCCUUGUUUAAGUUGUACAUCUCAAUUAGAUUGUUUAAGUUGUUCAUCUACUUAUACUUUAAGUAAAUUAGGAUGCACUUGUAAAUAGAAUUAAUAUGAAUAAUCAAAUCAAUGCUAUGAUUGUCCAAUUGAAUGUAAUUAAUGUUUAAGUUAAACUUAUUGUAUAGAAUGUUUAAUUAGUAAUAAUAGAUAAUUAUAAAAUGGGUAAUGUAUUUGUAUAGAUGGAUAUUAUCCAAUCAUAUCAAAUCCUUAAUGUCUUUUAUGUCAUCAAUUUUGUAAGACUUGUACUGGACCAACUUCUAAUGACUGUUUAACUUGCAAUAAUAUUAAACAAAAUAUAGGAACAGCAUGUAAAUGUCCAAUUAGAUCAUAUUAUUAAGAUUCAACAUAAACUUGUUCUAAUUGUCAUUCAUCCUGUUAAUCAUGUUUUAGUUCUGCUAUUAAUGGUUGUUUAACAUGUAAUCUAUCUUUAAAUAGAAUAUUAAAAGGAUUAAAAUGUGAAUGUAAACCUGGUUAUUAUGAAGAUAAUGAUACUUGUACAAAUUGUCCAAUUACAGAAGAUAAUUCAUUAACUUAAUGUUAUAAAUUAUGUAAUAAUAAUUAAUAGAUAUGGCAUACAACUAUAUGUAGUUCUUGUGAUGGAGGAUUCCAAUUACAAUAUGGAGAAUGUUAACCUAUUUGUGGAGAUUCAUAAAUAAAAGGUUAUGAAUAAUGUGAAGAUAAUAAUAAUGUUUUUGAUGACAAAUGUUAUAAUUGUUAAUAUCAAUGUCCAGCUCAUUGUUUAACUUGUAAUUUAUUUACUAAUUUACCAUGUCCAGACAUUUGUGGUGAUGGAUAUAUAACUGGAAUUGAAGAAUGCGAAGAUGGCAAUACUAUUUAAUAUGAUGGAUGUUAUGAUUGUAAAUUUUAAUGUUAACCUUAAUGCACUAAGUGUAUAAAAGGAGAAUGUUAAGAAUGUGGUACUGUAGGAUGGUUUAUUGAUCCUACUGUCACUCCUUGGUAAUGUAAAGAAAGAUGUGGAGAUAAUCUAAUUGUUGGAAUUGAAUAAUGCGAUGAUGCAAAUACUUCUGAUGCAGAUGGAUGCAAAGAUUGUAAGUAUCAUUGUAGAAUUGGUUGUUCAUCUUGUGAUUACAACACAAAUACUUGUUUAAGUUGUGAAUUCCCUGGGUUUGCUCCAUAUUAUUAUUUUUGCACAAAUAUUUGUGGAGAUGGUUUAGUCGUCACAGAUCCUUAUGGAUACUAUUAUGAAUAAUGUGAUGACGGUAAUACAACUGAUUAAGAUGGUUGCAGUAGUUGGUGCUAAUUUUAAUGUUAACCAUCAUCUAUUUGUCCUACUUGUGUUAACAACAGAUGUGAAAUUUGUGCUUCUUAAUAUACUCUCUCUUCCAAUAAAAUCUGUCUUUUAAAGUGCUAACCUUCUUGUAUAGAUUGUGAUACUAAUGGAAAAGGCUGCCUCGCUUGUCAAUUAGGUUACGAUAGAAUUGAUAAUUUUUGUUAUUCAAUUUGUGGCGAUGGGAUAGUUACAGAUGAUGAAUAAUGUGAUGAUGGUAAUUUUAUAUUAGGAGAUGGAUGUCAUUUCUGUUAAUUCAAUUGUCAGGAUUCAUGUCUUAAUUGCAUUUCAGGACUCUGUUAUGAUUGUUUAGAUGGUUAUGAAUUAAUAUUAUUUACAUGUCAUCCAAUCUGUGGAGACGCUUUAUUGAGAAAUGAUGAAUAAUGUGAAAUUUUAAACACCUAAGUGGUUCAAAACAAUUGUAUAUCUUGCUAAUUUACUUGCGAUAUUAAUUGUUAGCUUUGCCAAUUCGGUAUUUGUUAACAAUGCACAAAAGGAUAUGACUUAUCCUUCAAUCAAAUCUAAUGUAUUAAAUCUCUAAAAAUUACUUCUACCUUAAUUGAUACCUUCCAAAUUUAUAUUGACAAUACUUGUGUCAAAUGUGAAAAUUAAGUAUACUUUGAGCAAGUUGAAUAGAAAAGUUAAUUAAACACUAUUCCUUUUGCUUUUUGUUAAUAUAAUCUUAAGUUAUCUCCUAAUAUUUGCACAUUAGAUUACAAUUUGAACAAGUGCACUAGUAAUUGUAAAAAUUGUUUACUACAGAAGUGUAUAGAAUGCGAAUAGGGAUAUUAUGGGAAUAACUGUGUUCCUAAAUGCGGAGACGGCAUAUAAGUUUAAGAAGAAGAGUGUGAUGACGGAAUUCAAUACUUAUUUGAUUCUUGUUUAAAUUGCAGGUUAUAAUGUCCUCAACAUUGUAAAUAGUGCGCUUUUGGAGUAUGUGUACUUUGCUAGGAAGGAUUCUAUUUGGAUAUUGUGAGUAAUUCGUGUAAUUCUGUUUGUGGAGAUUAGAUAGUAGCUUUAGAUGAGGUCUGCGAUGAUGGAAAUGAAUUUAGAUAUGAUGGUUGUUUUUAGUGUAAAUUUCAAUGUCAAAUGGAGUGCUUAAAUUGUUAGUUUGGAAAAUGCUUAGAAUGUGAAACUUCCCUGAUCUUGGUAGAAUCAAAGGGAAGUUGUGAGGAAUUAAAAUAAUGUGAAGGAUUAGCAGGUUUAUAUUAUGAUAAUUUUUUGAAUGAUUGUGUGACUAAAUGUGGAGAUGGCAUAGUAGUAGGUAGUGAGUAAUGUGAAGAUUAAAAUAGUAUCCAAUAUGAUGGAUGUUAUGAAUGUAAAUAUUAAUGCGAUAACUUGUGUUCAAAUUGUUAGAAGGGAGAAUGUUUUGAAUGUUAAGUUGGUUAUUAUUUAAAUGGACAGAAAUGUGAAACAAAAUGUGGAGAUGGUAUUAAAAUUGGUUAAGAAUUAUGUGAUGAUUAUAAUGAUAUAGCAAGAGAUGGUUGCACUUCUUGUAAACCUGAUCCUUUUUAUAUUUGUGAGGAAGAUGCGACACUAUUAAGUUAUUGUUACAAAUGUUAAGAAAAUUGUGAGGAUUGUAAAUUAAAUAUCAACAAAGUAGAGUGUAUAAAAUGUAAGGGUGGGUAUUUUCUUAAAGAUAAUUCAUGUAAUUUAUGCUCAGAAAAGUGUGAGGAAUGUGAAAAUACUCCAAAUAAUUGCACAAAAUGCAUCACAGAGGGAUGCAAAAAAUGUGAUAAUGUAUCUGGGCUUUAUUUAGAUAAACAACUAAAAUCUUGUGUUACUAAAUGCGGAGACAACAUCAUAGCUGGUCAAGAGUAAUGCGAUGACGGAAAUCAAACAGAUAAAGACGGAUGCAAUUCCAAAUGUGAAAUUGAAAAGGAGUUCCUUUGUAAAGAUGGCGUAUGCAUAUUACCACCCAAGAAAUAAGUUAUUUUGACUUAUUCAAACUCAACUACUACCAACGAUAUUGAUUUAACUUUAGAGGAUAUUUAUAUAAAAGAUGUAUGCAACAAGGUAAAAGUUUGGAUAGAAGAUUUCAAAAUAAAAGAAUACUAAUUUAAUAUUACAUAAAAGGAAGUUUAAAAGUUGAUGGGUUAGAGUUGUCAAAUAACAUUUAAGUUCUUUAAGACCAUUUUGGAAUCUAAUCUUAUUCAUUUGACAGUUCCCUUAUAGGAAAAUGCCACCAGAAUCCUUGAAGAAGAUGUUAGAGAAGUUGUUAUCACUCCAAGAAGAUUGGUGUAUUAUAAUGAAGCUUAAAAGGCUCAAGCCUAAACUAUUGUUGCAACUUCCUCUACCUUCACUUUCCUUCUUUAAUUAAUUGGACCGUUAGCUAUUCUUUUAGGAGGAUUUAAUUUCUUUUGGACUAUCUUAGAUAUUUUGACUUGGAUUAACAACUUUUAUUUUCUGAAUGUGGAUUACCCUUUGAAUGUAAAGUUGUUUUUCAAUAAACUUCAAUGGGGUGAUGUGUUUAAUAUUCCUGAUAUUAUUUCAUUGAAUUCGCCAGAUGAUCCUUAUUAUUUUUAAGCUCCUCCUAAAUUUACUGAAAAAGAUGUCAAUCCAUUAUUUUUAAAUAAUCUCUAAUUAUUUUUUGGAUUAUUUUUAUUAGCAAUUUUUGCAUAUAUUUGUGCAAGCGGAGUUGUGUCAAUCAUUAAGACUCAUUAUGAACCAAAUUUUAGAAAAAAACAUAAAAUUUCAAUUUUUGCAGUCAAUCCAGGACACAGAAGUAUUUAUCAAAUCACCCCACAAUAACUGGCAACUGAAACAAUAGAAAUAAAAAACAAGGAAAUGCCUUCAAUAAUAAAAGCAAUUUAUAAAGAAACCCAAGAUUUUAAAUACAAUUUUAGAGCUAAAUUACUUUAAAUUGUUGGAUUAGUAUUUCUGGAUAUUUGUUUGGCUUGUGUUCUUUAAUUAAAAAAUAAGUGUAAUAAAGAGUAUGCUAUUAUCUAAUUGAAUAUUUUCUUAUCUGUGGUAGGAAUUAUUUUUAUUUAUGUGGUGUUUAGAUUAUACUCUUUUGUUUGUUCUCAACAUAGGAUUUUGUAUGAGAGUAAAGUCUUUUCAAAAUAUUACUGCUCAUUGUAUGAAGGAAUCAAUACUAAAUAGAGACUAUCUAGGAAUUAUUGUUAUGUGAAUUUAAUGAGGAAAGCCUUGUUUAUAUUUUUCACAGUGUACUUUUAUGAAGUGCCUUUGUUGUAAACAUCAUUGUGUUGUUUAACAUGUUUCUUAAAUUUGGCAUUGAUUCUCUAUUAGAAUCCAUUUGUCAAUAAAAGCAUACUUGUACAAAUAGCAGUGCCUGACUUUUGUAUUUUCAUAAUCGUCCUUAUAACAGUGUUACUGGCUAUUCAUGAUGUAAGCAUUAUAUUCUCGUUUGAUCAAAAGUAUUUCAUAGGAUGGAUAAUAUUAUUUUUUAUUGUGAGCUCGAUAUUAGUUUAGUUGAUCUUUCUGUUCAAAUAGUUUUUUAUUGAUAUGAAAGGGCGACUGAUUUCAUUAAAGAACAUGAGUUGUUGUUUAAGAAAUAAUAAGAGUAAUUGA